UUCAAGAACAGUCCAACACUUUUUGGGAACCAGCUGGCAAAAGAAUUGGAAUCAUGGACAAUGCAGGAGAAAUUUCAGGUACCACGAUCACAAUAUGUUCUGCUACAAUAUGUGGAUGAUAUUUUAAUUGCAACAGAACACAAAUCAGUAUGUAUCCAAGUGACAAUUGAAAUUUUAAACCAAUUAGGCCUUAACGGGUACAAAGUCUCGAAAGAGAAAGCUCAAAUUGCCUGCACAACUGUAUUAUAUUUGGGUUGCGAAAUAACACAGGGACAACGACGACUAGGAAUGAAUCGUAUUAGAGCAAUCUGUGCGAUUCCAGAGCCUCAAAAUUUACAUGAAUUAAGGACAUUCUUGAGUAUGGCAGGCUGGUGUAGGUUAUGGAUACUGGAUUAUGGACUUAUAGCAAAACCUCUAUAUGAGGCACAGAAGUCACCAACUUUCAUCUGGGAAGGACCUCAGAGGGAGGCCUUUAAGAAAUUAAAAGAAGCCCUGACUAAGGCACCAGCAUUAGCCCUGCCAGAUUUGACUAAGGACUUCCAGUUGUUUGUCCAUGAAAGGCAACGGCUGGCACUAGGGGUCUUGACACAGAAGUUGGGAAGCUGGAAACGACCAGUAGGGUACUUUUCUAAACAAUUAGACCCUGUGAGUGCUGGCUGGCCAUCAUGUUUGAGAGUGGUAGCGGCAACGGUGACCCUGAUACAAGAAGCCAGAAAACUGACUUUGGGGAAGCGUAUUGAGGUAUAUGUGCCUCAUAUGGUGUUAACAGUCCUAGAACAAAAAGGGGGGUAUUGGCUUUCCCCUAGCAGGAUGAUGAAAUACCAGGCAGUACCGACCGAACAAGAUGAUGUAAGUUUAAAAACAACUAAUUUGUUAAAUCCAGCCUUCUUAGGAGUACCUAUGGAAGACGGCCCUUUGGAACAUGACUGUGUGGAAGUUAUCGAACACACUCAUGCAACAAGGGCUGACUUAAAGGAUACCCCACUUGAACAGCCUGAUCAAGAACUUUUUACAGAUGGAAGUAGUUAUGUAGAAAACGGGACACAAUAUGCCGGGUAUGCGGUAACCACACAAAAUAGGGUAAUAAAAGCAGAGGCUCUUCCUGUAGGAACUUCAGCACAGCGAGCAGAAAUAAUAGCUCUCACGAGAGCCUUGGAAUUGAGUAGGGAUCAACGAGUAAAUAUAUGGACGGACUCAAAAUAUGCAUUUGGAGUGGUUCAUAUACAUGGAGCACUAUGGAAAGAACGAGGACUCCUAUCUUCACAAGGUACGAAUAUAAAAUACCAAAAAGAAAUUCUGAAUUUGAUAACUGCUGUACAGUUACCCAAACAGGUGGCGAUCAUGCACUGUAAGGCACAUCAAGGAGGAGAUUCCAAAAUAGCUGAAGGGAAUGCGUUAGCAGACCGGACAGCUCGACGGAUUGCACGACAGGUAUCAAAUAUGAUGGCCUUAAUACCCACGAAGGUAAGCCCUUUACAAAAUUAUUUAACGCAGAAGCCGAAGUACUCGGAGGAGGACGAGAAAUUAGCCAGAUUACUGAAGGCCCAGUUGGGUUCAGAUGGAUGGUACCUAACUGCAACCGGACAAGUAAUUGUACCAACAACUAUUAUGCGGACAGUUUUGCAAACGGAACAUCAGAAAUGUCACUGGGGAGCAGAAGCUUUAGUGGCAUAUCUAAAGCGCAGCAUAAUCUCAACACGGAUGUUAACAAUGGCAAGGUCAAUAAAUUCAAAAUGUGAAAUCUGUUUGAGGAACAAUCCGGUGGUUAGGAAAGGAAUAGAAAUGGGACAUAUCAGAGUAGGUAUGGAACCGGGUGAUUAUUGGCAAAUUGAUUUUGUAGAAUUACCUAAAAGUCAAGGAUACAGGUAUUUGUUAGUUGGGGUUGACACUUUUUCUGGAUGGCCGGAAGCCUUUCCUUGUUGCACCAACCAAGCUAAGGAGACAGUGAAAUGGCUGCUGCGGGAGAUUAUUCCAAGAUUUGGGGUACCCCUAGGCCUAUCUUCAGAUAGGGGACAGCACUUCGUAGCAACUAUAGUUCAAGAGGUGGCUUUACCUCCCCCGCCGCCACCGCCUUCUGGGUCUGGUUCAGAGGCAGCUUCUGAGCCGUCUGCACCCCCGGAAGAGCAGGGGCCAUGGCCGAAAGCGCCCCCGGCCGUUCUCCCUCUGCGCAAUGAGCCAAUUCCUGGGGCGGAAAGCGACCUAGCGGAGGUCAUUGCCAGGGAGCGGAGAGAAGCUUGGGCUGCGCUUGCAAAAGACGGCUUGGAAAGGGGAGAUGACAGUGUGGUUAAUGCGGCGGCACAGCUAGCAUGCCCGGUGACCUUCCAGGCUCAGGCGGGGGGAGGACUGAUGGCAGCAAUUACUGUCUUAUGA